AUGUCUGAAGAGUUGACAGAGUACGAGAAGCAACGGUAACGUUUCCCUAGGCGUAUGAUUAUUCCCUACCUUAUCUUUCUAACGCUGAUUACCUCUCCAGCGCCGCAAACAUCGCUAAGAACCAGGCAGUCCUCGCAAGCCUCGGUAUCGAAGUAAAUGCAACUCCGAAGCCCCCGAUUAAGAGGGUCAAGGUCAAAAAGGAGAGGCCGGCUGAAGGCGUGCGAAAGUCUACGCGUGUCGUGAGUGUCCCGAAGGGCGGAUACCGUGAAGGUGAUGAUAGAUCCAAGAAAGAGCGCAUCAAUGACGACGAGUACUCCGACGAGAGUGAGAGUGAUGCGGAUUUCUACUCUGACGAUAGUCAGUCGCCCGGCCAAUCGGGUAAGCGCAAGCGCGGGGGGUAUAGGUAUGCUCCUGAUUAUGAUGGCGUUGUGCUACCGGGUGAUGGGGAGGGAUUGCGGAGGAGGGUGGUGAAUGGGAGGAAUGUUCAGCAUAUCGAUCCUAAGAAGCGGGCUGCGCGGCCGGACCCGAAGGUCUUUGGACCCAUUCGUGGGAUCGAGGUGGGGCAUUGGUGGCCGACCAGAAUAGCUUGCGGUGCUGAUGCUGUUCAUCCUGUGCGUUUGCCGCUCCCCACUCUCACCCUUGUUUCUCUGGCUGCUGACACGCUCACCAGCCUCCUGUCGGCGGUAUUUACGGCAGUACUAAAGUUGGUGCAUAUUCUGUCGCUGUCUCUGGUGGAUACGAAGACGAUGUGGACGAGGGGUUCCGUUUCACGUUCACUGGCUCUGGAGGCCGUGAUCUCAAGGGCACCGCGAAGAAUCCCAAGAACCUUCGCACUGCCCCUCAAUCCUCUGAUCAGACCCUCACCGGCUUCAACCUAGCGCUGAAGAUUUCCUGCGACACAGGAAACCCAAUCAGGGUUAUUCGCGGGUAUAGAGCCGCCCGGGGACCAAAAGAGGGUUACCGUUACGAUGGACUCUACAAGAUUCUGAAAGCAUGGCAGGAGACCGGUCUGUCCGGAUACAAAGUGUGGAAAUACGCCUUCAAGAGAAUUGACGGACAGGCACCUUUGAAUACCGAUGGUGAGUUCAUUCAUUUACUUACCCUUUAGCCGGGUUUUGGGUCACAACUAACGCGUAAUUAGCUGGAAUGCCCGAUGGCUAUGUUGACAAGGAUUCCGACUCCAAGUCCGUGGACGGCAGUGCCGAGGACGAAACCGGGGAAAAGCUCAGCCAAGAGCCCCCUCAGUCCGGCACCGCGGGAGCAGAAGUAGAAGUCAAACCUAGGGGGACCCGCAGGUCCGCCCGUAGCUCUGCCCGCAAGUCCGCCCGCAAGUCCUACAGGGAACCUAGCGACGAAGCCACCUCCGCCACUGCCGCCAGCGGCUCGACCACUCCUACGUUUAAACCCUCCAAUGGCGCCGAAACAUUAGUUACCUCGGACGAGUCCGAUACCAGGAAGGCGCCUGUCGUUGUCAUCAACAGGAAAACCCGCGCCAAGGCCAGUGCAAAGGAUAGGAAUCAGCCUUCGGUGUUCGAGUAUUUCCCCCCCCAAGGGUGGUGA